AGAUGGCCGCGCCCAGUGGUGGAUUCAAGCCUCGUGAACGAAGCGGUUGGGAGCAGGCACAGGACUGGGAUGCUGUGCCACCCAAGCGGCCCCGACUAGGGGCAGGAAACAAGAUCGGAGGCCGUAGGCUUAUUGUGGUGCUGGAAGGGGCCAGUCUGGAGACAGUCAAGGUAGGGAAGACAUAUGAGCUACUCAACUGUGACAAGCACAAGUCUAUAUUGUUGAAGAAUGGACGGGACCCUGGGGAAGUGCGGCCAGACAUCACCCACCAGAGUUUGCUGAUGCUGAUGGAUAGUCCCCUGAACCGAGCUGGCUUGCUACAGGUUUAUAUCCAUACACAGAAGAAUGUUCUGAUUGAAGUGAAUCCCCAGACCCGAAUUCCCAGAACCUUUGACCGCUUUUGUGGCCUCAUGGUUCAACUUUUACACAAGCUCAGUGUUCGAGCAGCUGAUGGCCCCCAGAAGCUCUUGAAGGUCAGUGUGGAGUAUACAGAGAAGAUGGUGUCCAUCAGCAACUAUCCCCUUUCUGCUGCCCUCACCUGUGCAAAACUUACCACAGCCUUUGAGGAAGUAUGGGGGGUCAUUUGACAGUAGUAGAACCUGUUCUGAAACCAGAAACUGUUGAGAUCACAUCCUUUGACCCUGGUCUGAGCCGACUGCUGGAAGAUGAUCUUUCUGCACUAAGACUGUGGAGUUUGGGGAAGCCAAGGCUGUACAUUUGCUAUUUGUUUAUCCUAUGAAUACUGUUCUUGCAAACCUGGUUGUUUUGGGGUUCCUAAAGUAUCUAAUGGUGUAAAACUGUUUGUUCCCCUGGGACUUCAGGGACAGAUACGAGGUUACAGAGUUUACAGUUUGGUUCCAUGCUUUGAAGGCGGGCUUUAGCUCCUAGAUUCCUGUGCGCUAAAGGAGAGAACCCUGAUAAUCAGCCAUGGCAAGGAUGGAGAACCGUGAAAGAGAGCAGUCAGGAAUGCUGGUGGUGAAAAACUGAACAAACAGAAGUGAUUUUAUCUAAUAGUUCCAAGGUAGAAAAAGUGGAGCAGGCAGGGCCUUGCACCCCUCUCCACCCCCCCAUGGGGGGGGUGGUGAUAGCGGCACAUACACAAUCAUAGUAACUUGGCAGAAGAAAAACACAAUAGAUUCCUGGCUAGAUGGGGAGAGAUAAGGCAAUGUGCAUGGGGGAGCCAGAGGAGAGAUGUGGACCCCUCUGCUCCUCCCACAAGAGUUUCCCCUUUGGGCCGGGCAUGGUGGCUCACGCCUGUAAUCCCAGCACUUUGGGAGGCGGAGGCGGGUGGAUCACUUGAGGUCAGGAGUUCGAGACCAGCCUGGCCAACGUGGUGAAACCCCGUUUCUACUGAAAAUACAAAAAUUAGCUGGGCUGGGUGGCACGCCUGUAUUCCCAGCUGCUUGGGAGGCUGAGGCAGGAAAAUCACUUGAACCCGGGAGGUGGAGGUUGCGGUGAGCUGAGAUCACGCCACUGCAUUCCAGCGUGGGUGACAGAGCAAGACUCCUUCUCCAAAAAAAAAGCUUCCCCUUUGGCCCUAAAUGAAGACUUGGCUGGCAGCAGAGGCACAACUGGAAGCAUCGAUCUUCCACCUCCCUGGCUUUU